AUGAUGAAGCACCAAGAGAUGACAUUAAGGAACGAGGAAGCCUCCAUGAAAAAUAUGGGAAGGCAAAUUGGAAAACUCUCCAAGCAGAUCACCAUUGAAAGACCAUCAAGCUCACUACCAAGUGACACUAUUCCUAAUCCAAAAGAGGAGUGCAAGGCAAUACAGCUAAGGAGUGGAAAGAUCCUGGUGAAGAAUGAAGAAGCAACUAAGAAGCCAAAGGAAAGUGACAAGAAACAAGCUGAAGAAGAGGCAUCCAAUAAUAAAGAAGUAACAGCAAGCAAGCAGACCUCAGAGGAGCUCAAAGAAAAAGAAGAUCAGCCACAAAAAUUAAGGAAAGAGAAGGAAGCAAUGAGAGAGCCAACCAAGGAACAAAGGCAGAAAGUGAACUUCACACCUCCACUGCCAUAUCCUCAAAGGUUCAACAAGGAGACUAAGGACCAACACUUCCCAAAAUUUCUUGAAGUCUUCAAGAAGUUGGAGAUCAAUAUUCCCUUAGCUGAAGCACUUGAGCAAAUUCCCCUGUAUGCAAAGUUCUUGAAAGAACUUAUCAACAAGAAGAGGAGUUGGCAAGUUAAUGAAACCAUACUACUUACUGAAGAAUGUAGAGCACUAAUCCAGAAAGGACUUCCACCUAAACUUGAAGAUCUUGGAAGUUACCUUCUACCUUGCACCAUUGGUAGUAUGACUAUCAACAAGGCUAUGUGUGACUUAUGA